AUGAAGAAACUCUCUCGCCAUGCACAACUUCGGCCCAAGAGGUUAUGCUUUUCAUCAUCCAGCUAUACCAUCCACGGAACAAAAUCAUGUUAUUUUGAAAAGAAUUAUUUAUAUUCGAGUACUCGGAAUGUUCAUCAAAGGGCUCAACCCAAAUUAAAAGUAUUUGAUCGAGAGCAAGUAAAAAAACAUAAAGAAUAUUCUUUUAAAUGUAGCUCGGAUGGAGAGUUGGGUCAAUAUGAUUAUGUGAAAAAUGUCAUUGCAGAUGGAAUUGUGGAUAGAAUGAGCUAUUUCUCAAAAACAUUACCGAAAGUAUGCGAAAUUGGUUGUGGAAAGGGAUUUAUCAUUAAUAGAAUUUUACACAAGACUAUUCUUGACUUUUUACAUCCUGAGGAGCGUGAGAGCGCAAUAGCUCAAGCUAAAAAACAAAAGACCCAAGGGUCCUCAGGGUUUAGUGGAGUAGACCUUGACCUUCCUGUUAUGCAUUUUCAAAAUAUUGAACAUUAUAUAUUAUGUGAUCAAUCCCAAGUACUUUUGGACAAUAUUAAAAUACCUUCUCAUGAUGAAUUGAGUUUAAUCAAAGGAAAUACUAUUAAGAAGAUUGAAAAACUACAUUUUGAUGAGGACGGAGCCACUCUACCGUUCGACGAUAACUCAUUGGAUUGUGUAAUUUCAGGAUUUUAUUUACAUUGGGUCAAUGAUUUGCCAGGCCUACUAAAAGAAAUUGAGAGAGUUCUAAAACCAGAUGGUGUAUUCAUUGGUGCAAUGCUUGGAGGAAAUACAUUAUCUGAAUUGAGAACUUGCUUUGUGCUGUCUGAGCAAGAAAGAGAAGGAGGUGUCUCACCACAUGUGUCUCCUUUGAGCUCUAUUGAGGAUGUUGGAAAUAUUGUGACAAGAUCAGGUUUGAAUUUGCCAACUGUGGACGCAGAAACUAUUAAGGUAUACUAUCCUGAUCCAUUCACACUUAUGCAUCAUUUACAGGGAAUGGGAGAAAACAAUGCCUUGAUCAAAAGACGAACAAUAUUAUCUAGAGAAACAAUUAUUGGAGCUGCAGCUAUUUAUGACCACAUGUUCAGAGAAGAAAAGGGUGUACCAGCCACGUUUGAAGUCAUUCACAUGAUUGGAUGGAAAAAAGAUGAAAGUCAACCAAAACCUGCAAGACGAGGUUCAGGAACAAUAUCCAUGAAAGACCUGGCAAAGGAAAUGGGCACUCAAUUACAUGUAGAAAAAGACGAUGGUGCGAAUGGAAACUCGUCUUGUAAGAGAGAGUAA